AUGCAAACUAAUUAUCCUUCAAUAGAUUUUGAGCUUCUUUUAAAAAGUGAUAUAGUUACAAGAAAAAAAUUGAUUAAGAAAUUCAUUGAUCAAAGAAGGAUGUUAUUGUUUUAUAAACAAGACGAUGUGAUUAAUUGUCCUAUUUGUUAUACUGAUGUUGACCAUUCUUUUUUUUAUACAAAUCCAAGAUGUGGACAUAGUUUUUGUCUUUCUUGUGUCUCAGAACAUGCUAAAGAAAAGAUUAAACAAGCAAAUGGGUCUAUUCUUUGUCCAGAAAAAAAUUGUAAUGAAGAAAUACCAUAUAAUGAUGUUUGUUUUAAAUAA